GACCGCGCCUUGGGGGCGGCGCUUUUUCUUGUUUUACCCCCUCCCCCGCUCCCUCCUUCUCUUCUGACAAGUCAGCUGCUCAAUAUCUGUUCAUUUUCUCGUCGUUUCAAUAUUUCGCGAAUUGAGCGCAGCUUGGAUGAGUGUGCGCCGUCGCCCACGAUCCGGGAGGGACCUUCUCUUGCAGUCGCCUCCUGCGCUCGAAACGAAGAGGCGCAAAAUACCUGGACCUUUAAUCCAUCAUCACCAUACACACACACACACGCGGACACGGAGAGGCAGGUACACGUGCGCACGUACACGAGCACGCGCGUGUGCACUUGAGCAUGCUGCUCGCUGCGCGGUGACUCGAAGGCGGUGCUGGUGCUCCACGUGCACUCCUAGUGCGUUAAACGGAGCGAGGAGGUCUGUUAUUGUCGUCAUCUACACAGUGGCGAUAGAUCACACACAGAACACGCGCGCUACACGCGCUGCUGGCAGGGGUGAUGCUGCGUCUGUAGCCUGCACACACGAGGCGCGUGGCGGCUUCUGGAGGGGGUUUAUAAUCGCAUCGAGAAGGCAACCGAAACAACAUUUUUUUUUUUAAAACCGUAACCCCAAGACAAGACGAUGAAAUCCGUGUCGGUGAACAGGGACGGGACGCAGUACGCAACGGAGACCAGGAAACCGGCGGCGUCGUCGGAUGGCAGCCAGCCCCAGGCGAAGGGCGCCGCCGCCGCCGCCGCCGCCGCCUCCCCGGACGAUCGCAGCGGCCUCAAGAGGCCCACGCCGGAGGGGGCCGGUGCCGUCCCGGGGGCCGGAGCGUGGGCCGGCGAGGAGGCCAGGGUGGGGGGGGCCCCCGCCUGGUGCGCCGUGUGCGGCCCUCGCCAGGGGGAGCCGCGGAGGAAGCUCGCCUCGCCCGCCAAGGAGCCAGCGUCCGACUGGGCUGAUGGCCGCUGUGAGGCCUGCUCGUCGUGUCCUGGGCCUCCUCUUGAUGACGGAACGGCGGCGGCGGCAGCGGCGUGUCUGGAGCAUCUUCCUAUCGGCACGCCCACGCACCGGCCUGGCCCGGCCACACUGCCCCAACCACCGCUGCCACUGCAUUCGCAGUCCCAGUCUCCAUCCUCGCGUGGAGCCAAGGCUUUACCACCACCACCAUCGUCAUCGUCAGCAGCCAGGGCCACGCAGAGUCCUGCGGCUGCCGAACGCAAGAAGGGAGGUUCCUCGAGUGGGGGCGUGGCAGGGGAUGGAGCAUGGACUUCUCCAAAGAUGAAUGGCUACGCGGCACAUGCUUACCUGCAGGGUGCGUCUCCAACCCUAGAGGGCUGCAAGCCGCUGUCCGCGGGCUCCAGUUUGGAGCAGCAGAGCCUGGGCCACCCUCCGCUGGAGAGGCUGGCGUCGCCCGCUCGCUCGCCGCAGGCUCUGCCGUGGUCGCUCUCGGCACCGGGAGGCUCCCCGGCGCACGGGAGCCCGCAGAAGACCGCCCACGCCGCCCCGGGGUCGUACGCGGCGAACAGCAACUGCAACGGCAACGGCAAUCCGAACGCGUCCUUCUUCACGAGGGCGGCACAGAAGCUGAGCUUGACGGGCCGCAUGAUGAAACGGAAGCAGCGAGCGGCCCCCGCUCAUGCCCCGGCGGAGCCUCCCCCGAGCCCAGGCAGCUUCGCGUGGGCCCUGCGCUCCGCGGCGCCCCCCGUGCCGCCCUGCCUCCUGCGCGCCGCGGGGAAAGCCCGCGACAACCCGGGCGCCGGCAAGGUGAAGGUGAUGCUGCGCGUGUGUCCGGCCCGCCGCGACGUCUCCGGCUCGCCGGCACUCAAGGUGGACCCACGGCGGAAGCAGGUCACGCUCUACGACCCCGCCGCCGCGGCAGGGGCCAGCUCCCAGAAUGCCGCGCUCCGCCGUGCCGGGGUGGCGGUGCCAAAAAUCUUCCCCUUCGACGCCGUCUUCUCCCAGGAUGCAUCGCAGGCGGAGGUGUGCGCUGGCGCGGUGCCGGAGAUCAUCCAGUCGGUGGUGAACGGAGCCGAUGGAUGCAUCUUCUGCUUUGGAAACGCUAAACUCGGAAAGACGUACACGAUGCUGGGCAGCGGAGACUCGAGCCAGGCGCUCGGCGUGGCUCCGUGUGCCAUCUCGUGGCUCUUCCGUCUCAUCGAGGAGCGCAAGGAGCGCACGGGGGCGCGCUUUUCGGUCCGCGUCUCCGCCGUGGAAGUGUCGGGGCGCGGCGAGGCCCUGGGCGACCUCCUGAGUGACGUCGCGUCGGGCACUACGCAGGACGACAAUCAGUCCCCCGGGGUCUUUCUCCGCGAGGACCCUGUGUGCGGCACGCAGCUGGAGAACCAGAACGAGCUGCGAGCCUCCACGGCGGAGCGCGCCGCGGGCUUCUUGGACGCGGCCGUGGCGGCUCGCCAGGGCGGGGCGGCGGACGCCAGCGAGGAGGACCGCCGCAACUCCCACAUGCUCUUCACGCUGCACGUCUACCAGUACCGCAUGGAGCGCGGCGGGCGCGGCGGCAUGACGGGCGGACGCAGCCGUCUCCACCUCAUGGACCUGGGCAGCUGCGAGAAGGUGCUGUGCAAGAGCCGCGAGCCGGGGUCGGGGAUGUGCCUCUCGCUCAGCGCCCUCGGCAGCGUCCUCCUCGCGCUCGCCAACGGAGCCAAGCACAUCCCCUACAGGGAGAGCCGGCUCACGAUGCUGCUGCAGGAGUCGCUGGGCAACAUCAACUGCCGCACGACGAUGAUCGCCCACGUGUCGGCCGCGGCGGCCCGCCACGCCGAGACGCUCGCCACCGUACAGCUGGCGGCUCGCGUUCACCGCUUGCGCAAGAAGAAAUCUCGGUCUGCGUCCAGUUCGUCGGGUGGGGACAGCUCGUGCGAGGAAGGGCGCGGCCAACGUGGCCCGGCGCCCAUCCGCCCGUUCCACCCCCGCCUCAUGGCCCUGGAUCCUGAGCCCCCUCUGGCGGCGGUGCCGCCGGCGGGCGGCCCCGGCAUGCGGCCUCCGCACCGGCUGGGCCUGGCGAGCGAGGCGGAGUACUCGUCGAGCAGCGAGCAGUCGUGCGACACGGUCAUCUACGCCGGCGAGGGUGGAGACCUCACCGACAACGAGGGCCCCCCCGAGUCCGUGCCGGUGUCCCCCGCAUCGUCGUCCAACUCGGCCAACUCGGCCAACUCCUCUGCCAACUCGGCCAACUCGGCCAACUCCUCUGCCAACUCGGCCAACUCGGCCACCUCAUGGACGGCCGACGGUGACCGGGCAAAGCUGCUGAACCGGGAGAGCGAGGAUGCGUCGCCUGUCACGCCCGCCGUGGUGAUGGGCGACACAUGGGCGGCGGUGGUGGCGGCAGUGGCGGCGAUGGAAGGCCAAACGGGAACUUCUCCCAUAGAAUCCUCGGACGCCGCGGACGCCACUGGCGACGGCACUUCUACGCCGGCAGGCGAACAACUGCCCGCGGAGCCGGCCAAUCCCUCGGAUCGCGACCACUUCAAGUGCAAGACCUUCGCCGAGCUGCAGGAGAGACUGGACUGCAUAGAUGGGAGCGAGGAGCCCCGUUGUUUCGCGUUCGUCGAGGCCUCCGCGACCACCGUGGCCACCGUGGUCGAAGAGGAGCGAACGGCGGACGGCCGUGGCGUCUCCGCCGGGUCGCCGUGGCAUGCCGAGGACGAACCCUCAAAAGACAACAACAACGAAGCACCCGCGUCUCCGUGCGCGCUCGGAAACGGCUACAAAGCGCGCGGCAAUGGGGACUGUGUGUCUUCUGAAGUGUCGGCGGAUAAAAUCAACAGGAACGAAAUACCGAGCUGUGGUAGCGGGGCGGGAAAGGUGCCGGGCGGCGGCCCUGCGUGCGUGCCGAUCGCUCUGUCGCUCGCGCCGGGCGGCGAACGGGGAGGGAAGCUCGGCUCCCCAGAGAAGAGGGCAAUGGGGAAGCGGUCGCUGCCCAGCCCGGCCCCUCCUCCGCCGGGGACAAAGCCGCAGUACAGAGGCACGGAAUCGACGGCGUGCAGGGCCCACGCGGUAGGCGGCCUCCAGACGAGGACGCCGCCCGUGGGAAUGAGCCCCCAGGUGGCCAAGCGGGUCCUCGUGCCGCAGCGGCUGUCACCAGCGGCGGACGCGGAGGGUGGCGUGGAGGCGGAUGCGCCUCCCGCGUGCGUCGACGGCCCCUUCGCCGCCGAGAAGACGGCGCGCCAACUCGACGAGGAGAGCGGCGCGGACGACGAGCUCGUCUUCACGCUCGACCUCCUGCACGCGCUCCUGGGCGGCGGCGACGGCAGCGGCAACAACAACAACGCCGGCGGCAAUGGCGGCAACGGGCGACGGCCGAUCAGCAUCAUCAGCUUCACCAGCAACUGCUCGACGAGAGCGUUGGCACCCGGCUCGCGUCCCGUCAGCUUCGUCAGUGUGGACUUUGAGCCGUACGCUCCUCCUCCGCCGCUGGCCGACACCGCGGCCUCGGCAGGGGCGGCGACGCCGUCGGCCCCGGCAGUGAGUCCUCCGCAUUCGUCCUCGGCCGUGGGAGCGGGCGCCUGCGUGACCAGGCUGGUGGCGGGCAUUCCCGUCGCCUUCUCGAGCCCGGCGCUCGACGGCGAGCCGUUCUCGGGGCGCGUCGCCGGCGAGGACAACUGCAGCAGCAGCAACGGCAGCAACAGCAGUUGCCGCUCGUCCAUCGGCUCGUGGCUGAGCGAGCUGAGCAACGCCGGCAGCCUCGGGAGCGAGGGGGAGCAGUCUUGCGACAGCUUCGUUGUGCAGGCCAUGUGCGCGGGAAGCGUGGAGCAAGGGGAGGCGGAGCAGAUUCUCCCGGCGAUGCGGUCGCCGUUGGAGUACGGCAAACAGGAAGGCGUUGUCGGACUCUCACAGGAUGGGCACUCGCCUGUGAAUGGGUGCUACCAGCAGGUUAGGGCACGGACUAAACCGAUGGACAAUAUCGAGCUCAAUGGAGUCAUCUUUGCUGGGGAUUUUAAGAAAUUACCCUUCGGGGAUUUAAUGGGGACCGUUCUUGAAAGGUCACCAAACCUGCAGUCUGGGCAAAGCAAGGAAGGCGGCCGGCGCACAAGUCUGAUCAUUUGCGGGGACUUCAAGGACAUAUCCAACCUUGAGAAACGAUUGUCUGCGAAACACGGCGAGGACGAUUUGGAAAACCACAAGAAGCAAAGCGUCUUCCCGUGUCCUGCGAGCGGGGCGCAGGUGGCAGUUGGUGGCGGUGCAAAAAUUCAACCGGCGGUCAUUAGGAGCGGCAUCUCCAUUCAUCCCAGGAUAACCCCCAAGCCAGCCGUGGCUCUUUUUGAAAAGGUCCCAUCUAGGGGCACUCCCGGAUCUCCUGCCAGGCAGAGCCCCAAGGCCAAAAACUGCGAUGGUUGCGUCAAACCGCCGGAGCUGAGGUCGACAUUCGAAAAUCCCUGGGUGAUGCGGGAGGAUGGUGAGAUGGACGGCCUGGAGGAGAGCACGAACGUGAGCCAUGGGAAGCCUGCCGACGUCUGCACGAGCGCUGGCACAGCUGCCGAGAGCCCCGCUCAAAGCAACGGUGGCUCCCAGGCACCCGGCGGGCAGGGGAUCAGCAGCGACGCUCUGAGAGCUGGCGGAGAGAUGCAGGGCGUGGACCGAGUGAGCGGCGGCGGCGGUGGCUACGGGGGCUACUCGCACACGCUGCCGACGAAAGCGAGCGCUCACGGGAAGUCUUCGGCGAUGCACGGCAUCGUGAGGCUCGGCAACGGUGAAGCGACGUCUUUGGACCGCGAGCAAGUGGCGACGGUGCACAGCGCUACGAUGGAUCGCAAGAAGGGAGCCGCAAAGUCGAGCGGCGGCAGCGCCGGCGGUGGCGCUGCCAACGUGUUCCUCUUUUCGAAACUGAGGAGCAGCACUCCUCCAGCACCGCCGGUCCGCAAGUCCAGCCUUGACCAGCGCAACAGAGCGGGGUGCAAGGAUUCACCCGGGGCGAACCACGCGUUUUCCUACGCCGACACGGAGGAGGCUUUCAGCAGAUUGCUGUCACCCAGCCGGGGUGUAGGCAGCGGUGGCUCCAGCUGCUCGACACCGGUGAAGGGGAAAUUGGAGUCGUCGGCCGAGCAAGGCUUCAAGCGAAGCUUCACGGGCAGGAGCGACAGCACGGAGAGAACCGGAAGCAGGAAGCAUGCGGCGGACGCGAAGAUGUUGACGGAUGGACACGGCUGCGUGGCGCCUGCCAACUCUGCGAGCAGCAGGCUGGGACGACUGAUGUUCAGGAUUUCGGGGAAUGGAGGAUCGGCAGCGCACGGCACCCUGGCGCAGGAAGCCCUGAUAGCGCACACGAAGCUCGCUGCGGAGCUUUGCUCCAAAUCCUCCUCCGUUUUCGGCUCCAAGAAUCGCAGUCAGUCGGCAAACGGCGGCCCACCUCCAGCCAAGGCGGCUCCUCUCAGCCCUCUGUCGCCAUCUUCCUCGUCGUCGUCCUCCUCCAAGACGCUGCCACACCCGGGCAGCACGCGGAGCUCCAGCUUGCCCACCAGCUCCCGCGCCGCCACGCUAUCGCGCUCGGUGCAGGCCCUGCGCAGCAAGCUGGGCCGCGGCACGUCAGAGAGCUCCUCCAAGGCGGGCCGAGUGGCCAACAGCCGAGUGUCGGAGCUCGCGUGCGGCUCUCCCAAGGCGUGCUCGUCACCCGCGUCACCUCCGCAGUCACCUUCGGCACCGACGUCACCGGUCACCGGAGGAUCGGGAGCGGCGACGGCGGCGGCGGCAACAGCAGCCGGAGCGGCCGCAGUGGUCGGGCCGAUGGGGAGCGGCCGCGGCAGCCGGGGCUUGCUCCCGACGGUGGCCGACUCGGACAGCGGCAACGACAGCGGGGUGCAACUGACGGACGAGAAGCCCCCCCAGGCAGGCUCGGCGGCGGCCGGUGGAGCACCGGCAUCGCCGAGCGCGGCCGCCUCCUCCACGGGCGCCGGCGCCACGUCGAGCUCGGCCGUCAAACUCGCGCUGCCGUCGCCCUACAGCAAGGUGACGGCGCCGCGGCGGCCGCACCACCGCAGCAGCGGGCACGGCAGCGACACGAGCAGCGUGCUCAGCGGCGAGAUGCCGCCGGCCAUGGGCAGCGCCGCGCUCUUCUACUGCCAGAACGUCGGUGGCGGCGGGGGGAUGGGCGUCAAACCGGGCUGCGGCUUGGCGGGGGGCGGCGGCGGCGGCGGCGGCGGUUCGGUCGCCGGCGUGGUGGCUCCCAUCCGGCGCGCACUGCGUGGCAGCCCCCUUGCCGGGACCAGCAGCUGCAGCAGCAGCGGGUACGAGACGGGAGCCAGGCAGGAGCCGAGGGCCAUGGCGGCGGAAGGCGCCACGGCCGCAGCCGCCGUCAUGACAGUGAGGUCGGCGCCCAACUCGCCCGCGUCGUACAAGCACGAGUCGGCGGUGAGCGACAGCGGGCAGCAGUCGUCCGGCAGCAGUGGGCACUGGUCCCCGCGCAGCUUCAAGUCGCUCAACAGGAAGGCGCUGCUGGGCUCACAGCGACGGCGUCUGGCCCACCAGCCCCAUCCGGCGGCUCCUCCUACGCUGCCGCCCGUGGACGUGCCGCCGUGCGUGCCGCCGUGCGUGCCGCCGUGCGUGUCGCCCGCGCGCAAGGCGCCCGCGCCGCCGCCCCGCCGCGCGGACCCCCGUCCCGCUCAGCGAGUCCUCAACGAGCCCUUCGAGAUCAAGAUCUACGAGAUCGACGGCGUGCAGGCGGAGCCUUUUCAAGGUAUUGAUGAACUCCUGGUCUACUUCAGCGACCGGCUGAAGCGGGUCGAGGAGCGGCACCAGCGGCUGUCGGAGCUGCAGGACAGGUAUCUGGCGCUGCGCCUCGAGCUGGAAGCCUCCAUGCGCCACCUCAUGAUCGAGCCAAGCAAGUGGACCGCCGAGUUUGAGGUGGACGGCGAGCUGGACGAGGCCUCGCUGGAGUACCUCGACUGCCUGGAGCGCGCCACCGAGCGCCUGGAGCAGCGCCUCAACGUCUGCAAGUCGCACAUCAUGAUCAUCACCUGCUUCGACGCCACGCGUUGACGACGCAGCACUACUUGGCGCGCGCUCGCGCCGGGGAGUCGAGGGUUGGGGAGAGGCGGAGAGGCGGUGGCUGGGGGGGGGGAGAAGAGAGGCGGACGAGCGUAGACGAGGCGGAGCGGGGGGCUGCAUUGGCGGUAUCUGGGAGAGGGGACUUGAGGGGUAAACGCCGGCCACCACAUUGUUGAUAUUCGUAGCGAACGAAAGAGGGGGUUUUUGACCGCAGUGCUUACUUAACUCCUAUCGCUUCGCUGCGAGCAAAAACUAAAAAGCAGGCUUGUUUGCAUUUAUUGGAGACACUUUUCCCCGUGCUUUUCAAUGCCAUUUGUCGAUGCUGUCAUGGUCGUGGUACCAACGAUUUGGCCCGCCGCAAAGCAAUUCGCCGGUCAACCUGCCUGCCAUUCCCUCGCACGCUCCAACGAGGGAACAGAGGCAGUUGUGGAUGGAGACCCUCCCUGAUGGGAGGAAGAUUGGAUGUAUACCGUAUAUACAUGCAGCAUAUGCAGCAUAUGGUUUUGUCUAGGCAUGUGAAUCUUCUGCUGUGGUGCUAAAUGAGUAUCUUUCACUCCAAGCCAAUAUUUCUAAAUUAAGCCCAAGGUAGCGCGUCUUAACUUCCAUUGUAACCACGCAGCUCCUCGUCCCCUUCAACUGCCUGAAGUGUUUUCGGGUCGUCUUCAUUGCUGCGGGUUUUUGUGAUGCCGAGUUCGGAAGUUUUUUUCUACGGAGCACCGCCAUUCAGAUCGGGGUCCGCGCGCGUCCCCUUGUGAUCGAACAGCACUCUCAUCAGGGCUGCGUCCACCAGCGUUUCACUGAAACAGCCAUAUCCAGAAUAUGGAAAACGCAUGGCUACGGAACCGCAGGUCGGCGUGCGAAAAUCAAGCGCGCGUCUGAGGGAUUUUAAACUUCGUCAUUGCCGCGAUGGCAGGAAGCACGUGUCCAUCCCAUGCCACCUCUGGAAAAAGGAAGCCUGGUUUGUGGGACUUCAAGUUACGUUGCAACGACAGUGAAAGGGUUGGUGGAGAAGGGGAAUGUGAUUCUGGGAAGUGGAGGUCGGAACUGGUAAAAUGACAUUGGGAGAUGUUUGUCAACACGGCGCGAGACAUAAAUAUGGGGAUGGCCGAUAACAUCGUGGUAGGAUUUUUUUCUUCUUCUUGGGUUGGAUUUGUUGACGAUCCCUUACGAUGGUAUCGUGCUAAUAGCAGGAAUGUGCAGGCUACGUGGAAUGUAGGCGAUUUGCAAGUGGUCAGGCUGGUGAGAAAAAUUGGGCUUGAGCAGAUUUUUUUUUUUCCUGGAAGAUACCUCGUGUGGGACACUGACAUUUUUUGACAGCUCGAGGUGGCAUGAAGUGACAUGAAGACCAUAGAGUUCUGCAGGGCGGUGUAUCAAACUUUGUAAAGUUGUAUAUCGUAGGUCGCAAGUGCAUUGUGAAGUGCCAAAUGAGUCGUUGAAGUAAUAUUUGUUGCCGGGGCAUGGAGUGAUGUGGCGGUGAAUGGUUUUCCAUGCGGUGGUCAUGCAUUAGCCAAUAAUCAUGCUUUUUCUUCUUGGCAGCAAGUUUACCCUUUUAUUAUUUAUUUUUUCCUUUGUUAAAAAAUUAUAAUAAUGAUUUACAGCCCUUUGGCAAUCAACUGCUGGAUGAAUGCCUCUCCACGUCAGUCGUGGGCGGGUUGUUUGACCAUACUUCACUAUUCUGGUUUGUGUGGGUUGGUGAGGGAUGGGAAGGAGAGACAGUAUCGGUUCUGGUAUCAUUCGCCACUGAUGUUUGCUGUAGUCGGCAAUUGGACUCCGGUCUCCGGGUUCAUAGAGUGCACUGGGUUAAUCGAUGCACCACCGCUCAUCCAUUCUUCUUUUUUAUAAAUAAGGAAAAAACAAAAUGGUUUUCACUUUUGAAAACGGAACAGAGUGAAGCAGUGAAAUGUGCCCGAUGCACUUUGAAGAAAUGACAUCACAUGCAUCUGAAUGAGCCCUUGAUGUUGAUGCGUGUGCUUCCAGCAAGGAGAUUUGCUUUCUGCAUGCUUUGGAAGUCAGAAAUAUAUAUAUAUGGUUUAAACAAAGUUCAUCAAAUGUGUUUUGCAAGAAAGAAAAUGGCACUGGUAUUUGAGAUAUGGGCAAAUUCAUGAACUGACCUCUCUGGUUUACGUGCCAUUGCUCAGUAGCUGGCAGGGGAUUGAGGGCUUUAAGAAAAGAUUACCGUGGGUGGGUUCACAGCAAAGGUCCGAUCAUAGGUGAAGUGGAAAGGCCAGAGUUGCGAGAUUGAGUGGCACGCGGCUGAAUUGGACAGGUCAGAAUUUUGUUUAGAAAGCAAAACGGAAUGGCAGGAGUGAGCACUCCCACUAUUACACAUCAUCGUUCACAGCACGAGGAUGGCUUUAGGGAAGCACAGCUUAGGAAAACGUUCACCAAAGGAUUGAUUGAUGUCAAAAACAUAAAAAUGUUAUGGGACAAAGUGGAUGUGUGAAAAAACAAAAAAACUCAACAGACAAUUCCAGGAAUUACAUAAAUGUGUGCAGUGUUUGUGCCCAAAGUACUGUUUAUAUAUAUAUACUUAGGGGAGGAAGUGCAGCAUGUAUCCAGCUGGCUGCUUAAAACCCAAGGAUAUUUCCAGGAGGCUCUGUAUUUUUUUUAAAUGUCUAAUUCCAGGAGGGCGCAGGUUCGGGCGUUAUUCAUUCAUCGGUUGACAAAAUAAAAUGUUGAAGGUUGAACAGUGGAAAAAUGGCAUUUAACGUUGAGGGCAAAUGACAAUACAAAAAAAUAUGUACCUUCAUGGAACGCAUGAAAGACAAAUGCUGAUUGGAAAAAAGCAACAAAAACGCCUUUUUAAAAAUCAUAUUUGCAAAUAAGUCGGUGUCAAGCAUUGAAAUUGCUUUGGACAGAGCAACCAAAUCUGAAACCAUAAGUACUGGAAAUAUAGAAGACUUAUUUCGGUCUUGCUAAGUGAAUGCAGCUGUUUUGUUCUUUGAGGCCUUUUUUCAGGCAGGUUUCAAAGGCUUUUGCAAUGUCGUGGAAUCCUGUUAAUUUUAGUGAUUGAAGAAAAUUACCAUUUAAGUUCAGAUUUUUACAUUGAACAUCUGCAUUUUGUGAAGGGUCCUCUCCAUCCAUUUCCUAUGUUGCACUUCUAUAUACGGUAUAUACAUGUUUGAAGGUUAACCUUCAUUUACAAUGUCAUUGAAAAAACCCUACAUAUGCCUACAGUCUUUAAUGUUUCACAACAUAUUAUAAUCGAACACUUUUUACUUUGGAAAAUGUAAAAUAGAUUAUUUAAUUUAGUGUUAUUAAUUUUAACACAAAAGUGCCUUAUUUUGACGGCUGGUAAAUAUCCCAAUCAAAGUAGAGCGCAGUUGUAUAACACCCAACAGAAAGCUGUCGCUUCCCGACGCAUCGUGCAAAUUCAUUUUUGAUAAUCACAAGAUAUUGCAUUUUAAAACUAUGAAUAUAAUGCCGGCAAAUAUGGUUGUUAAAACCCAGUGGGGGAAAAAAAACGUCCCCUGCAGUGUUGUCACUGCCAUCCUGUGUUCAGUCUGGGAUGCCUUUUGUGUGGAAUAAAAUUAUCGUUACCGACGGCAUCUGCACAGGCUCUCUUAGAAAGAACUUCCUUAAAUCGCUCUCGAAUUUACACCCCAGGAGGAUUGUGGAGGUGAGUGACUUUACUUACUAACCUGGGGGACAGGUGACCAGCCACCAUGCCUAAACCACCUUUCGUUGUCUUAAAACUGCUGCAAGGUGGCCCCCUUUUUUUCAGGCCAAGUCAAACUUCGAGGGGCAUUCACCACAACAACCGAGCUACGUUGAGUACAACCGUGACCAGUGUUUGCUCAUUUUAGGGCGAGUUGGCCUAAAGGUCGUCAAUGAGGUGUGUGACGGCUUGGGUUGUGUAAAAAAAUAUUCUCAUAAAAUACUUGCCUCUGUUUUCACAAAAAAACUAAUUACGCAGACUGUUAUGACUGCAUCGAAGCCAGAUCUGUAAACCCAUGGGUUGCUGACCAUGGAAAUUGAUUUGUCAAACUGCCUGACAGCUAAGCAGAUGGCAGGUUCCUAAAAGGUGCUCUUUUUAUUCCAGUCAUGACAUGGUAAUUUCCAGCUGUUGACUCUGGUUUUAUAAGCAGAGGAGCAGUCUGCGUGCUGCUGAAUUGCCCAGUCAAACAAGUACGCGUGUGUGGGCAUUUGAGGACCAAAAAACAAAACCGCUUUCAUGGUUAUGGCAAACUCGUUAAUCUUACGAAUAUUUGAUCGACGAAACAGCAUGCUCAUUUAAAAAUAUACGGCGUACACAUUUAGCUUGUUUUAAAAAUUCUUCUUCGCUUUUGGGUCUUCGAAUCUUUCAAAUAUUAAAUAAAAUGUGCAACCCCCUCUGCUCCCCUCUUAACCCCCUCCCGGAAAGCCCAAAACCGAUGGUGUUAUUGUAACGGAGCUGUAGAUUUUAAUUAGAAAACCCCCCGAUGCUGCUUGCUUCUGACUUUUGUUCUUCAGACGAACACAAAUAGCCCUCCCAACACGAUCUGCAUGAACAUUUUAACGAUUAAUUUUCGAACACAAGUGCUUGCCGCUUAUAUCACGCCUUCCGAGAUUUUUGUUUUUGCACGGUGGCUUUGGUGAGCCCAAUGCCGAUGUAAAUAUGCUCGAAAUGUAAAUAUUCACCCGGUUUAAUUAUGUGUGCAGCGUUAGGUGGUUGAAGGGGGAACAUUGUAUCUGGCUUGAUAGCACUAGUGUUGUCGGGGGAGGUGUAGGUGUGCUUAUGUUGAACUUCUUUCGCACCGUAUGUAGACGCUAACCAUGCUAAUCGGGGGUGCGGGAGAAGGGCAACAAAAUAAAUAAAUAAAACCGUUCUUAAGAAUUGAGUUUUCAAUAUGAGAUUGUUUUAAAAAUGCGUAUUUAAACAAUAUAUAGUGUUGCAAAGGGUAAAGGCGACGCCGUGCAACUGCUCGCUCAUGUCUCUGCUGGCAGAAGAGCCUCCGCUAGAGGGAGCUCUGGAGAGCCACGGGAGAAGGUUUUUUGGCCUACUCUUCCACGCUUGGCCAGAUGCCUUGGCAGACACGGGAGUACCAACACUGUACCCCACCACACAUGACCAGCCGAUUGACUCAUUGAGUGUAUGUAUUUUGUAUAAAAUAUGAAUUGUUUAUAGCAUGUAUUGCUAUUCGAGUUGAAAACGUGGCUUUAUCUCCUCCAUGCCACCGAUAACAUCUCCCCCAAACAGUUCGUGGCACCGCCUGACUGCAGGAAUUGAGUCCUGUGCUGUUCGUGCACACGUUGCCCGUGUCCGUGUGGGUGUGUGUUUGACCACGUGGAGCAAUGCAUGCAGGGUGUUAAACAACUACAGUCUCGGUGUGUAAACGUGUUCGUGGGUUCCGCAUCGCCGUCUUUGGGGGCACCCUUCUCUUUCAGAAUGGCGAACAUAAAUUCUGAAAUGUGCGUUUUUUUUUACUGAAAAUAUGAAAUAGGAGUUAUUGAGUGUCGUAUGCAUUGAUUGAUGAGAGAGUGAGACGUGAGAAAUUGCACUUUUGAAUUCAGCAGGUUUUUAUUGUUUUGUCAAAAUUCGGUCGCAGUGAGAUGCAUUGCUGUUGUAAAUCGCCUUAUUCUUUGGAGACUUGGUAGGAAAUAUAUGAGAUCCAGAGAGUAAUUCACAUGCAUGGAAGCUUUUAUCAAUACGGUAUAUAUUAGAUAUGUGGCACAAUGGUAAACUGAUAAUGCUUGUUGUAUCUAGGUGCAGUCACUGUGUCCCAAACUCCAAAUCACGAUUCUUCUUGUUCAAUUAAAAACAGAGCCAUGAAUGUUCACUGAGAUGGGUAUUUUCUGUUCGUUUUUGUUGUGCUGUAAUUGCCGUUUGUCUGCUUUGUUAGCCCACCUUACUGGCGAUUGUUUUCUUUUUUACUCCAAGACUGAAGCCUCAAAAUCAUUUGGAGACGUAGGUCAAAGAAGCCAUGCAAGUCUAAUGUAUAUUGCUCAUUAAAACAAGGGUAAACAUUAUUUAAGUUGUUAGCAAGGCCCAGGGUAAACAAUUUGCCAGGUGAAUUUUGAUUUCAAACACGAAGACUGAACAGAAUAGCCUCUUGUAAAUUGGGUGAAAUCUGGAAGCAUAAUAAAUUGAUCAGCUGUACAAGUUAGCACGCCCGGCUGUGCAGGUCUCACUCCCGAGAUCACGGGUCACAUUGUGCAAGGAGGAAUAUAGUUGCUGCAUGUUGGGUGUCGCGAUAUGUCGUGGGAUUUCCAUUCCUCACGAUGGACACCAUCUCAUGUUAGUCUCGUCACGGAUGAUUCCCUGUGGAGCAAGGCUGGGAUUGCACAGCUGGUGCCAACACAGGGGCUGGAAUAAAACAUUUAAAAUGCCUCGUGCCACUUUUCGACACGCUAAGAUUUACUCGUUACGGCAAUAAGGGUCGAAACCACAAUUCUGCUUUGGUGAAUUUGCUGAGUUUUUUUUUAUAUAAUUAAUUUGCUUGAGCUCGGAUACAAUCAAGGUGAUGAACGUGUUACAUGCUUUGUAAAAUAUAUAUUUUGCUUUCCUUUUCGUUUGUGACGGCAAUGCGGCGAUGGUGUAUUGGCGAGUACGAGAUGCUCGCCGUUGCACCCGUUAUGUUAUCGCGUGUCCGUAUACGCGUGUCUUGAGCGUGCACAUUAAGCGACGGCGCUUGUUUUGAGCACGGGUGGCCGUUAUGACUUGGGAUUUUAGCAAGAAUGCGCGGAGCUGCACGGUCCAAACACAUGGCAAACAUUUGCAUGCCACUUGAUGGUAUUAAUUACCCUGCAAAUGCCUGGCCUGAGCUACACAUACUCCCUAAUUUGAAUAUAAAUUUAUGUUACAUGAAUGUGUCAUUUAAUUACGCGUAAUAAUUUAGGAUGAUUUAAAUUGCCCAAAAAACGGAAAGCUUCCCGUCAUCUUACCAAGUUUAGCCCAAUGAAUAAUUGCCACCCUAAUUACUGUACGCCAUUUAGUAUUCCCAAAGUCGGAAAAUCGGUAGAGUUGCAGAGUUAAAGUAUUGCCAGACUCGUGUGUGGAGCAUGGUUUGUUUGAGUUGGUAGCACUUUGCAUCCCUGAAUAUGACCCAUGCGUGUAAAAAAAAAAAACACGUGCCGUUGGCAGUACAAUCCAAUAGACAAGUGAAAGUGUAUGAUAUUGGCUCAAUCCCUAGUCAUAACAGAGUGCGAAUUCUUGUGUUUGUAUAUACAUGGAACGACUGUACAGAUGUGUUGCAACGCUAUUGGCUAUAUCAUAUAUAAGUAUGCAUAUUCGCAAGCGCGACUCGGUCUGUAUAUGCACAGUGCUAUGAUCUGCUUCAAGUUGCACCAUGACCUACAGUGUAAGCCAAAAUAAACAAAAAACUUCAUGAACCGUCAA